AUGCGGAAAGAGAGCGUACUAGAUCUUACUUUUGCAACCAAUAAUAUAGCUGCUAGUAUCCAGGACUGGCAGACUAUACCUAAAGUAGGAUCUGAUCACCACGCAAUACUAUUUAGUACCUAUACUACUAGCCAGCUACCUAGUCAGCUGCCUAGCCAGCUGCCUAGCCAGCCAAAACAGUAUAAUACUAAACGAACGGACUGGACGAUUUUCAAGGAGACGCUAGGACAGGAGAUCAAAGCCCUAGAUCUAGAAAAGCGACUGUCGACACUACCUCCUUAUUCAAACUACACCUCAAGAAAGCUUAUUCUAGGACAAAAUAUCGCGCUAGAAACUAAGCUAGAUAAGCUAGGAGAAGAUCUUACGAAGGCUAUACAGAGCGCACUAGAAAAGUCAACUCCACUAGUCAACCUAAAGCCAAAGACAAAGCCCUGGUGGACUAGCGAGCUAGAUAGCCGUAGGAGAGAACUAAGUAGAGCCUAUAGAGCCUACAAGAAGGAGGUAGAAAAGGAAAAUAAUAGCUCUCUCUACCAGUGGAAAAGAGAGUAUCUACGUACGAAAAAUGGAUACUUAAAAGCUAUUCAACGAGCUAAGCAAAGCCACUGGGAG